UCCAUGAGACCAACAUGGCAUUCACAAUCCACCAUUCUUCAUAGUUUUCAUCUCCUUCUUCUGGACAAGGGAUGGAUCCGUCGAUGAAUCCAAUUUUCCGUUUUGCACGGAAUGCAAUUCUCAUUGCACGAGCCCAUUCUUCAUAAUUAUCACCGUUUAGUUUGACUUGGGUGAUAAUUAAUCCAGGUGUGUCUGCGUUCUUGAGUUCGUAAGAACUUCCCUUCGUAGGGAUUUUUUCUUCCUCAUUGAAAAGCUUGCCGACGAGAUUUUCUUCUACUUCUGCCAUGUCGACGGUCGAGGAGGAUAGUCCGGCGGUCGAUGUCGGUGAUCCGGCGGAAGACAGGCUUGAACCGGCGGAGGACGGUGAUGGACCGUCGUAUGUCUAGAUUAGGGUUUUUCCCUAGGAAUCUUGCUCUGAUACCAUGAAGAAAAUAAUAAGAGGGAAAAUAUUCUGUAUAUUGAAUUGUUCUGCUAAGUACAAGGAGUUUCUCCUUUAUUUAUAGGAGAGGAUAAAGACCAAAACACAAAAGGAAUUCUAUUCCUACAAGGAAACAAAUCACUAAAUAUGAACAAGGAAACAAAUCAAGAGCAAUCCCACUUAGAAUGGGAUUUGCUCUCCUUCUUGCCUUUAAGCCUCGUUUGGAAGUUCACUUAAUUCACGUUUCUUUUUUUUUCUUCCCCAUAAACUUGCACUGCUUUCUCUCUCGAAGUUCAACAGAUAGCGUUUGGCAAUGGCGAAAGGUUUCAAGUUGACGGAAUUCAUAGUCUUGCUUGUCCUGUCGUCGUCUUCCUCGUUGGGGCUUUCGGAAGAAGAAGAAAAGGAAAAAGGAAUUUCAUAUUUGGAAGUCCAAACACUCCUUAGGGUACGGAGCCUGCUGAAUUCUCCGCCUCCAUUGAGCAAUUGGAACAACCGGACGGAUUUCUGCAACGUCGAGCCGACGCCGUCGCUGACGCUCGUCUGCUACGGCGGAGCCAUUACUCAAUUGCAUAUUAUCAACUCCGGUGGAAGUCUCCGGUUGCCGGAGAAUUUCUCCGUCGACUCGCUCGUCGCUUCCCUCGUCCGGCUCUCCGGUCUGAAGGUCCUGAAAUUGGUUUCCCUCGGCUUAUUCGGCCCGCUCCCCGGGAAAAUCGCGAGAUUAUCUUCGCGUACUCGCUCUCUCCGGGAACAAUUUCACCGGAAACCUGCCGGAUUUCACCGGCCUGGAAAACCUUCAAGUUCUAGAUCUGGAAGGCAACUCGUUCGGACCUGAGUUCCCCCAACUUGGAACCAAAAUCGUCACCUUAGUCCUUCGGAGGAACAACUUCUCCUCCAGCAUACCGGAGAAGGUUGGUUCGUUUCCCCAGCUCCUACACCUCGACGUCUCGUCCAACCACCUCGUGGGCCCCUUUCCGCCAUCGUUGCUUUCCCUUCCGCUGAUCAAUUAUCUCAGCGUUGCAGAAAACAGACUGAAGGGAAUGCUCUUUGAGAAUCUCACUUGCAGUUCUGAAUUACACUUCGUGGAUCUCUCCACUAACCUCUUGACCGGAAGAUUGCCCGGUUGCCUCCUGAACAGUUCAAAGACCGCUGUGGUGGACGGAAACUGCUUGGAAGACGGAGAUGGAAAUCAGCACCCUGUUUCCUUCUGCAGGAAUGAGGCGUUGGCGGUUGGUUUUUUACCCCCUUCGCAUCAUCGAAGCAGCAGGAAAAUAGGGUCGGGAGUGAUUCUUGCAUCGAUCGUAUUUGGGAGUGUUAUAGGAGGAGGCAGUGUGGUUCUUGCUAUGGGGUUUUUUGUUGCCAGAAGAUUUCUUGCAAUGAAGAGAACCCCCUCAACGUUGAUGCUGGAUAAUCCUUCAUCUGUAUACACAUCAAAGCUGUUCUCAGAUGCAAGGUAUAUGACCCAAGCCAUGAAGAUAGGGUCAGUCAGUGUUCCCUCAUAUCGAACCUUUUCAUUGGAAGAGCUUGAAACUGCAACAAACCAUUUCGACACGUCGACUUUAAUGGGGGAAUGUUCCAACGUUCAGAUAUACAGAGGGCGACUGAGAGAUGGCUCAUUUGUUGCUAUUAGAUGCCUAACCCUGAGAAGAAGCGAUAGCAUUCAAAAUUUCAUGCAACGCAUUGAGUUAAUAUCCAAACUCAGACAUCAGCACCUGGUCAGUGCUCUCGGGCACUGCUUCGAGUGUUACUCGGAUGAUUCAAGUGUCAGCAGAAUAUUUCUCGUCUUCGAAUAUGUGCCAAACGGGACCCUGAGGAGUUGGAUAUCCGGGAAGCAUGGAAGGCGGAUAUUGAAUUGGGGACAACGUGUUUCAGCUGCAAUAGGAGUAGCUAAGGGUAUCCAGUUCUUGCAUACUGGAGUCGUUCCCGGUGUCUUUCCAAAUAAGUUGAAAAUAACUGAUAUUUUGUUGGACCAGGAGCUCGUUGCAAAAAUAAGUACCUUUAACCUCCCCAUUUUCGCCGAUGACGUUGCACAGGCCAGCCGUCCAAAUUCCCCUGGUGGUUCCAAUCAACUAAAUGGUGCAAGGGAAAGAAACAACGGAAAGCUGGACGUAUAUGACUUUGGUGUAAUAUUGCUAGAACUCAUUACAGGGAGGAAGACAAAUACCAAAAAGGAGGUGAAGAUCAUUAAAGAUCAGUUGCAGGCGAGCCCAACGGCUGAUGAUGCAUGGAGAACGAAUGUGGUUGACCCAAGGGUCAAGAAUUCAAGUUCAAAUGAAUCGGUUAGGACGAUGGUGGAGAUUUGCUACAGAUGUUUGGUUGAGGAUCAUGAAGACAUGCCUUCCUUUGAGGACAUUUUGUGGAAUUUGCAAUUUGCUGCUCAGGUCCAGGACGCGUGUAGGGCAGAUGGUUCUCCAAGCAGCAGUGAUGCCUCCCAGUCUCCCCCUUUCGCCACCCUUCACUCCGCCAGAUUUCUCUUCGGUAGCAACAAAGACACCUGUGUGGGGGAUCACUGUGUUGUUUCUACUCAUGCCUCAUGGAGAUGAUGUCCUAUGUGAUACCGUUACAUAUGCCAGAUAAGAUGUCCUCUCCAUGAACGCUUCGUUGUGCACAAAAAAAUGUAUGCCAGAUAAGAUGUCCUCUCUAUGAACACUCCGUUGCGCACAAAAAAUGUAUGCCAGAUAAGAUGUCCUCUCCAUGAACGCUUCGUUGCGCACAAAAAGUGGCCCCUUACUGAAAACUACGUGUACAAAUUCAUUAAUUGUCACCAAAAUUUUAUACAUUUGAGCCAGUGGCCCUCUCCUCAUCACUUGCCCACAUAUUCUAAGCAUAGUGAAUUCAUAUUGGAGGGUCUUUGUCUCUUGGUGGUAACAUUAUCAUAAAUUAGAUUUAGGUUGCAUGAUCUGAUCCUAUUUUUUGUUUUGAAGAUAUGCUCUUAUGUAAGUGUAGUUAUAUUUAAAGUUGUUACUGAUCUUGUCUGGUUUUAUUUUAAUUAAAAUAAGUUAUACGUU